AUGUUCUCCCGUUUCUCACAAUUAGCAAGACAUCUUUCUCGUCCUGGACCAAAUUACGCUCACACGUCUGCGGCUGCUUCUACUUUUACGAAUAGAGUCAUGACAUCAUCAUCUGCGGACGAGCGAAAUUCGAGAACGAUUCAUACGGCGGCUUGUUUGAUUAUUGGGGAUGAAGUACUUGGGGGGAAGAACUUAAAGCGGAUCGAGGUUAUUGCAGAUGAUGAGGAUGAAAUCAUUGAAGCUGUUAGACGCAUGUCAACCAACUAUGAUUUCGUAGUAACAUCUGGAGGAAUUGGUCCCACACACGAUGAUAUUACCUACCAAUCCAUAGGUAAAGCAUUUGGACUUAAGUUGAAGCUUCACCAAGAAGCAUAUGAAAAGAUGAAGAAAUUAUCAAAACCUCACCCAUCUCAACCAAACUUCAAUUGGGACGAGGAAUCUCCUGCAAAGAAAGCCAAGCUUCGAAUGGUGGAAUUACCAUUAGAUGAUUCUCGAGAGUUAUCCAAGCAGGUGAUAUUCCCCUGUGAAGAUCUUUGGGUUCCAGUCGCGUGUAUCAAUGGCAAUCUACAUAUCUUACCCGGUGUUCCUAGACUGUUUGAGAGAUUAUUGGAGGGAUUGAAACCUUCUUUACUUCCUCGAUUGACAGAUCCUGAAGGCAAGGGUAUUUGUAGAAUAUUGAUCUCGACUCCCAUGUCCGAAAGUGCUGUUGCGCCAUAUCUUACCGAACUCGCGGCAAAGGUAGAACCAAAUGGUAUCAAGGUUGGAAGUUAUCCUAGAUGGGGAAAGACGCACAAUACCGUCACUCUAGUCGGAAGGGACCAGGAAUAUUUAGAGAGCUUAAUUGCUGAAGUGGAGAAGAAUGUCGAUGGACGUCGUAUCUCGGUAGAAGGAGAAGAUGAUGCCGAAGGCGAACAUACGGAGUGCGAUCUUACCUAA